AUGCAGGAUGUGAAUGUUUCUGAUAAGAAUGCCUGGAAGCCCAUUCACAAUGCUGCUUUCCAUGGUCGUCUUGGAUGCCUACAACUCCUUGUUCGAUGGGGAGCUACUUUAGAUGAUGUGGAUAACAAUGGAAAUCUCCCAGUUCAUCUGGCAGCCAUGGAGGGCCAUUUGCACUGCUUUAAGUACUUAGUAAGCAAGAUGCCCACUUUGGUCCAUGCCUUGAAAGCCAGGAACGAUCAUGGGGAAACCCCAAGGGACCUUGCAGAAAGAUUCUACAAGACUUGCAUCGUUGAGUACAUUGAUGAUCUUCAGAAGGAGAAAGACCCCUGGCAAAAGGAGGGAGAUUUAACAUUUCCAGGUCACGAGGCAGCAUUCAGAGGGGAUUUGGACUCAUUAAGAACAUUGCUGGAGAACAGAAUCAUCAACGUCAACGAACGGGACGAUAAGGGAUCCACAUUGUUGCAUAAAGCUGCCGGACAAGGCCAUUUGCACGUUCUGGAGUGGCUGAUUGAGAGGGAAGCGGACUGUAACAUCGCCAACGAAGCUGGAGAGACACCAAAAGACAUUGCUAAGAGGUUUGCUCAAUUGGCUGUUGUGGAAUACUUAAGAAACAAGAUGGGGAAUGACUCCGAUGAGGAAAUUGAGGUACAGGACUCACGGUUCUUUGAAAGACACGGCGUGGAAGGGAGCACAGACUGCAAAAGUGAUCUGAAGGUAGAGAAGCAGGACCAGAAAGACAGUCGUGAAAGAGCUUACCAGAAGAUCGAAGAGCUGCGGGGUCUCCUAGAAAUUGCGAUCAGCAAUUAUAAGCAGCUUGGUGGAAUAACCCCUGAAGAGAGGCAGACGAAAAUAGAAGAGAGGCAGCUGGCCAAGUCCCUUGUUGAGCUGGAAGCACAGCUGGCGUACGAGCGGCUCCGGCGAGAGAAGCUGGAGGCCCAGGUGGACGAAUACCGGGAGGAGAUAGAGAGGCUCCGAGAGCAGCAAGAGGCACUUGAGAUCCUCACAACCACCAACCCUGUGGAGCCCCAUGAUUCCGAUUCUGGAAAAGCAGCCUGCAAAGUGCCCUCUGAGGCUGAGAAAAAGAAACUGAAGAAAAAGCCUUUAUUGAGCCAUGGGGGCGUGUUUGUGAGAAGAAAAGGUAUCCCAUAGAGAGUUACAUGACCCUCCAGGCAUUUUGCUACAACAAUAUUUGGAUUUACAGAGAAGGCUGGGUUUGAUGCAAAAAGGCACUCAAAAAAAGUUAAGUUUUACUAUGCGGUCACAGACCCGAUUAUACAAAGAUAAAUAUGUACAUAGAAUAAAUACAUAGUAUAAAAUCUUGCUAUAGGGUUUUGCAAAUUCUCAUAGCUGAAAUAAAAACGUAGCCACUAACUGUGAUAUUAUUUGAUUCUCACCGGACAACAGAAACUUCAGAUAGCCUGUAGGAGGUAGACCAGUACAUUUACUCAUGAUUGAACCAAGAUAUUGAAUAUCUUCAUUCCUUUAUAAGCUCCGUUCUAAAAUGAUGUGCGCCAAGGUCUCGAUCAUUUCUUUCCUGCACUAAAAGCAACUCUUGGCCCAAAGGUUUCCAAUUAAGCACGAUGCAUCUAGAAUUUCAAGCCACCUUAAAUUUAUCCCAAAUAAAUAUUCUUUUAUAACCCUUAAUUAUUUUCCCCAAACAACAAGGAGGUACAAGCUACGUUAGGUACAAGCUAUAUGAAGACCACCUCUGCCCCAGAUGCAUAGGGUACUGUACAAGAUGGCACUACA